AAGCAGAACAGGAGAGGAGAGGACUAUGGCUUGGACACUACAGAUUUAGACCUGACAGGCUACAAAUAAGAUUGCAGGGAGAUUGCAAUAAAGAGUACCAGGGAAGAAGAGAAGAGAGGGAGUGUGGCCACGCUGACUCAGCCGAAGCAUCUCCAGGAGGUCUUCUCUGGAUGCCACAUGAGGCUGCCCCUCAGCCACCCCACCGAGCCCACGGAGAUGGCUUUGCUCAGCAACAUCCUAGCAGCUUACUCCUUUGUCUCAGAAAACCCUGAGCGAGCAGCCCUGUACUUUGUGUCCGGCGUGUGCAUCGGCCUGGUGCUGACCCUGGCUGCCUUGGUGAUGAGGGUCUCUUGCCACACAGACUGCCGGCGGCGGCCGGGGAAGAAGUUCCUGGAGGACCGAGAGAGCAGCAGUGACAGCAGCGACAGCGAGGACGGCAGCUCGGACACGGCGUCCGACCUCUCGGUGCGGAGACACCGCCGCUUCGAGAGGACUUUGAACAAGAACGUGUUCACGUCGGCGGAGGAGCUGGAGCGCGCCCAGCGGCUGGAGGAGCGGGAGCGCAUCAUCCGCGAGAUCUGGAUGAACGGGCAGCCCGAGGUGCCCGGGACGCACAGCCUGAACCGCUACUACUAGGGCGCGCCGGCUGCGGCGGGAGCCACCUGGAAGGAGACGCUCUGCGAACGGAGGGCGCAAGGAACCCCAGCCAGCUCUGCUAAACUGUGGCUGCAGAGAACGGCAAGACAUGCCUUUUUUUUUUUCUAGCCAGGAGGACUGAUUUCUCCUUUUUGACUGAAUCUGUGGACACAUAGAAAACCCAAUUCUGUUCAUCCACCUUUACAGGAGUCGGGAUGGUGCUGAAAAACCCUCUCCAACAAUGUGGAUGGAGAUUGGAGAAACAGGACUAUGGUUCCUCUUGACUUCUGAGGAUCUCAGAAGUUUCUGCAGACUUCAUUGCUAUGUGUUACUCCUUUACAAAAGGAAAGAUUGUCGUAGCAUGAAGGCUGAGCCUCACCCAGUCAACGCAGUUUUCUAAAUAACUCCAUGCUAUGGAGGUGAUCCAUGCUUAUUAUUUAAGGCUGAUUUUUAAAAUCUUGUGUUGCAAUGGCAACCUCGUCCAUUUUAACUGGCACCUCAGGGAUUAAAAUCCUAUUUUUUAGUAUAGUUCCCCCCUCAUUCAUGAAAAUGAACAGAAUUCUUGUGUUGUGGGAGACGUGUCAGUAAACUAGAAAAUGUCAAUAACCUCAAAGGAUGAAGGGUUUUUAUUUUAAAUCGUCUAUAAAAUAUGUAUUGACAUGCAUAUUUGAAAAUGCUGCAAAAAACAAAAGUUGUGUGUUUUCCCUCUCUUUGAAGAGAAGAAAGUUUUAUUAUGAUUCCAGAUAAUCAGGAUUUUAAAUAUUUUGUUUAAAAAUAAAGUUUGGAGUUCUAGGAAAAGAAUGGAAAUGGGAGGUUAGGGUUAAAGGCAAAAUUAGGAUGGGAUUAAAAAAUAAAUGUUACA